AUGGCUAAAAAAUCCAAACAACAACAAUUACAAGGAUAUCACGUUUUUAACGUGAACACUUAUAUCGGUUCGAAAAUCUCCCCAUCACCUCCAGAACCGAAUAGGCCUAUUCGCAUUGGUACAGAAGUUAUCAGCGAUGAAGAAUUGGUUCUCUCAUCAAAUUAUAAUUUCAACCUUGACAUCGACAUUCUUUUAUCAAAUUCUAUGACGACAAGGAAAGCCAUUUAUGAUAUGAAAAGAGGAAUUUUUAGACCUCCACGACCUCAAAAUGCCUUCAUGUUAUAUCGUAGAGAUAAGUCAUCUGGUCCCGAUUAUUUCGGAUUAAAAUCGUCCGAGACAUCAACGAUAAUUGGCAUUAUGUGGAAGGCCGAAUCGAAGGAGGUCAAAGGUCUAUUUGAAGCCUUGGCAAGGAUGGCUGAAAAAAGACAUUCCGAAAAACACGAAAAUUAUAGGUAUGAACCCAGAAAACCGUCUGGUUUACCUAAAUCAAAGAAAAAGAGAAUGGAAAGUAAUGAUAAGAAUUCGACUGAUGCGGUUACCAAUCCGUCACUACCACCCAUCGAAACAAACAACCAUAUUGACGGUUCUGUUGAGUUCAAUCAACAUCUUUACCUCCAAUGCCCACAACCCUCCUUAAAUCCAUGUUUUUAUGACUUCAUCCCCACCAACAUGUUCGAAAAUAAAAAUAUAAAUGACAUAACCAAAGAAGUUAACGUGACAGAAGUUGUAAGUAAUCCUUCUCAAACAUAUAACGAAUAUACCCUCGAUUAUUCAGAAUAUUUAAAUCUAGAUAUUUGA